AUGCUCCGCCAGGCUGUUCGAGGAGGAGCUCGAUGGUGCCAUGCGGUCCACAGCCCGUCGGUUCCCCGGCGCGCCUUUAGCGCUGUGAAUGCGCGCCGUCUCGACUUUGGCGGGCCGAACGAUAAGGUUACCUUUUACGAACAAGAAAACCCCUCGAGCAAGAACGUACGAAAGGUGGACCCGGAAGCCGAAGAGAAAGAGGAGCGAAAGGAAGUUCAUAAUGAGCUUUCGAAGCUCCAGGAGGAGCUGAGGAUCCUCGAGAAAGGUCCAUUCACACCCGAUGGCGAAUUCAUCCAGAGUUUACCGGAGGAGGAUCGGAAGAUUGCUCUGGAAGCUCUACGGAAAUACGAAGCAGAGCGAGGUCCAGUUGAGCGACAACCUACCUUGGACGAUGUGUUUGACGAGGAGCUGGAUAACAUGCUGAAGGAUGAGUUUGAGGGUCUUGCGGACGAACAAGAGAAUUGGCAGGACGGCGUGAGGAACCGGCGAAAGCUGGUAUCUCGAAAGGCCUCGCAGGCACAGCUUGCAGACCCAACAUCUCACGCUUACGCGACACGUUUCAAUCAGUCUUUGCGGCGGUAUGCCGCAAAGAUAACAGACGAGCGAGCUAAGCAAGAGCUAUGGAAGUCAUACCGCCGGUGCAGACAAAAUGUUCCGGACUUCCUCGAGACUCUUACGCCGGCCAUGAUGGACUCCAUCUGGGAGUCACAAGUCGCUGGUCAAUCAACAAAGUCCACACGGUCAAAUCACCUCCAAAUCCUCGCCGAAGACAUGAACUCGAUUGGAAAACCUCUCGCCAUACCCCAAAUACUUUCCUAUAUCGAAGCUCUACACGAAGGCGGGGCUGUCAGCGAGGCACUUGAACAAUGGGAGGCGUAUCAAGCGGAGCUGUCGCAGAAGAAGGAGGAUCUUGAGGAGUACUGGAUGCUGGGCGUCCGACUCUUUGCGGCCGAAAACAACCCCCAACGAGCUCAAGACAUUGCGCUGGCAUUCCUCGCAAAUGAUCGGUCCCGCCAAUCUCGUGUACUUAUCCCAGUGAUUACGGCGUGGGGUAAGAUUCCCGGAAAAGAAGCCGAAGUGAAGGCGUGGGCGCUGUACUUGCAACUCAAGACUUUUCUGGGGCCAAACAUGACCAUGGAGGACUAUGAUCGAGUCAGCAUCGGUCUCCUCACAGCCGGUCGGUCCGAUGCGGCUGUUGCCGUAUUCAAAGAUAUGAUGGUGACAGGACAAGAUCCAGCCAAUGAUUCUACGGCUCUCUAUCAAGCAGCUCUUGGUCUCGCGGGCAAUCUUCAAGCAUCCAGCAUUGAUGAGCAGGCUGUGAACAAGGUAUCAUUGUCCGCGCUUACAAUGCUGCCCCGUCGAUUCCAUAAUCGGUUCUUCUACGCUAGUUGGAUGAAGAAGCUCAUUGGAAUGGGCGAAGUCGACUCGGCCGCCAUGGUGAUCGAACUCAUGUACGAGCGAGGCGUGAAGCCAGACGCCAAGCACCUUAACGGCGUGAUGGCCGGGUGGCUCCGUGAAGGCAACGCAGGCGCCAGAGACAAAGCAGAGCGACUCGGCUGGUCCAUGAUCCAGCACCGAAUUGAUGCCGUGUGGAAACGGUACCAGCCAGUUGGAACAUCUCCGCAGGUCCAGGUCAAACACCAAGCAAUGGAACCCAGCCGUAUACCCAAGUUCUUGCAGCGACAAGUGCCUCCAGCAAGCAUUGAGACUUUCUCCAUUCUUCUCCUCCACUAUACCCGGCGCGGCGACGACGAUAUGGUCAAGUAUCUGGCCAAAUGUCUCGGCGACGCACACAUCCAACCCAACUCCUAUUUCAUGAACCAUCUCCUCUACGCCGAACUCCGCAAACAAGACAUCCGCUCUCUAUGGAAGAAAUUCGAGACAAUGACAACCAGCAUCAGACCAGACCUUGAAACAUUCGCCUGUCUCUGGGACUGCGCGAAGCUGCAAUAUGACCGCGGUCGUACCGCCUUUGAUGCCGGGUUCCCCUCUGCGCGACAACUAUACUCGCACAUGGUGCAGUGGUACUCGCAGCUUUCUCCACGGGCACAGAAGAACACCGCCGAGCAGUUUACCAAGGAUCUAUAUGACCAGAUCAUCCGCUGUUUCUGUCUGUCGAAAGACCUCUCUGGUACCCUCGUUGCACUCCACUCUCUGCAUGCAGCCUUCGGCUAUGCUCCGGACGACGCCACCGCCCGCAUGAUCGUCCUGCAAGUCGCACGUCUCGCAGGCGUACCAGCCGACACCCCGAAGCGUCGCCUUCGCCGACUAUCCUCGACACCCCGAAGCAAAGAGAAUAUCGGCCAAGUCAGCCAGCUUCUGGAGAUGCUGGGAGAACGCAAGUCUCUCGCUUUGAAGACGCAGGGCUUGAGUAUCGAGCAGCUCGAUUCUCACGAGAAACAGCAGUAUCAGCUCGAGGUCAUGGCUAGUCUUCUACGCAUCGUGCUGAGCCGGACGGAAGGGUUAGAUCCCGUUCAGGUUGAAGCAAAGCUUGCGAGGGCUGCGACUGAAAUGCAGGUAGAGGGGAUUGAUCUAGGGUCACCCCUCGGAGUGGAUGACAGCAAGUUGCUGUAG